AUGUCUGGGCCAGCUGUGCUGCUUCUUUGUGGCCUUUUGGCCCUCUAUCUCCUCAGGACAAUCACCACGUAUGCCAGAUUGCGCCAGUUCCGGGGCCCCACGUGGACCGGUAUCUCGAACUGGCCCCAUAGCAUCGCGAUGCUUCGUGGCAACUGCCACGAGUGGUAUGCAGAGGUCAACGAGAAAUAUGGUCCUAUCGCCCGUGUCGCGCCUCGGGUGCUGAUCACGUCUUCUCCAGAAGUUUGGAUGCAUGUAAAUAACAAACCCGGUUAUAAGCGCUCGGACUGGUAUUACAAAGCCGCGCGCAUUGAGUACCGGAGAGACAACGUCUUCAGUCAGACCGAUAAUGUGAAACAUGAGCAGCGCAGAAAGCAGAUGGCGCCAGGGUAUUCGGGAAGGGAGAACCUCCUCCUGGAGGAGUCCGUCAAUGAGCGGCUCGAGGACUUUUUGCACCUUAUCAGGUCGAAAUAUGUCUCAACCGACCGGGAAAUCAUACCCAUGGACCUAGCGACGAAGGUGCAAUAUUUCACACUGGAUGUGAUCAGCAGCGUGGGCCUCGGAAAAGCAUUCGGCAUGCUCCGAAGUGAUCGUGACGUGGACAACUACCUUCAAUCGAGCGAGGAAGGUCUAACCAUAGGUCACAACGCCCUCGCUCUCGGCUUCAGCUGGAUCGCGCAAGCCCCGUUCAUCGGCAAGUUCGUCGCGCCCUCACCCAAGGACAACAACGGCUUCGGCAAAAUGAUGGCCGCAUGCUUCCGCCUCGUAGACGAGCGUGCCGCAAGCUCCACCGAUAAACGAUCCGAUAUGCUGGCCUCCUUCAUGCGCCACGGCCUGGCAGGAGACGAGCUGCGCACUGAGGCGUUAGAACAGAUUAUCGCGGGUUCCGAUACCACCGCCGGCGCGAUUCGCUGCAUCCUGCUGCACAUCAUGACGAACCCUCGCGUAUACCGCAAGCUGCAGCGCGAGGUCGAUGACGCCGUACGGGAUGGCCUUGCACCCGGUCGAGGUGAAGGCCUGGUCACUGCUUCCCAGACAAAACAACUUCCAUAUCUUCAGGCCGUGAUCCGCGAAGCUCUGCGAGUCUGGCCACCCGUCGCCAACAUCUUCUCCCGCGAUGUUCCACCCGGUGGUGACACGGUUAUCGUCGACGGUGAGAGCGUGUUCCUACCUGGCGGUGUCUGCAUCGGGUAUUCGGCAUAUGGUAUGCACCACAGUGAGAAGAUAUAUGGCAAGGACGCAAAGGCCUUCCGGCCCGAGCGCUGGCUCGAGUCUGAUCCAGAGAAGUUGGUCGAAAUGACUCGGACCAAUGAUCUCACAUUCGGUCACGGGAAGUUCCAGUGUUUGGGCAAGCCGGUGGCUCAACUCGAAAUCGGAAAAACUAUUUUCGAGCUCUUGCGCAACUUCGACCUGUCAAUCAUCAACCCGACGCGCCCCUGGGAGACGCGGAAUGUCCUCGGUCUUUUCGCGAUCUCUGAUAUGUGGGUGCAAGUAACAGAGCGAGCUGCAUAG